AUGGGAUGUUCUAUGAGUUAUGGACCAGAAGAAAUCACAAUUGGAGCCGUGACGCAGAAACGGAAGGGGAAAGACAGCAAAAAAGCUGAGUUGGCGAAUAAAGACUACCAGGACCGCAUUGAGUUUCUCCUGACAGUCCCUUUGUUCCAAAGGCUACCACAGGAUGAGCACCCAGUGGUGGCCUCUAUGUGUGAGGGUUGCAAGUUCAAAAAAAGCGACCUCAUCAUCAAGCAAGGAGCUCAGGGUGAAGAGUUUUACGUGAUCCGGAAGGGGCAGGCCGACGUGUUUGUCAAGAAGACAAAUGGUCAGAAGGAAAAGAUUGCCACGCUUAAGGCUGGGGACCACUUUGGCGAAGGGGCGCUACUCAGGGACGAGCCGCGUGCUGCCACCGUGGUGGCCACGAGCGACAUCCACACCUUGAAGAUCAAGCGAUCAGACUUCCAGGCGCUUGGCUUGCAUCAGAAGCUGAAGUUCGGCCGCCGUGCAGCGGUGAGUUCGGGCCAGAAGUACAGCAAAGCCAAGGACCCUGUGGCCAAAACACCUGAGGACGUGAAACUUAUCACUCAGGCCAUCCUCAGCAACGAUAACUUGAGCGUCAUUGGAAACUUGCCGGAGAAGAUUCCGGCUUUGGCGGAGGUAAUGUGGAAGGAGUACGUGAAAUCUGGGCGCUAUGUUAUCAAUGAGGGAGAGGUGCAGGCGGACUACUUCUACAUUGUUCAUGAGGGAAAAUGCGAGAUUGUGAUUAAGGACGAAGAUGCCUUUGACAACCGCAAGUUUGGAGGACAAAAAAUUGUCAUGGGCAUCUACAAGCGCGGCCAGAGUUUUGGGGAGCUGGCCCUGUUGUACAGUGCACCGAGAGCCGCUUCAGUGAGGGCCCUGACCAAUUCUGUGCUCUGGGUCAUCGACCGCGCCCACUUCAAGGAAGUGCUCCUCAAGGCCAGUGCCAAGAAAAUUGAGGAGUACAGAGGAUACCUGGAUGCGGUUCCACUGCUGUCAGCGCUGCUCAAGGAAGAACGCCUGGAAUUGGCGGAGGCUCUGGUCGAGAUGCACUUCUAUGAAGGUGAGCAAGUCAUCACGCAGGGGCAGACUGGAGCAACGUUCUACAUAAUGUUUUCCGGCUCGGUCGAUGUGUACAAGGACGAAAUGAAGAUCACUACCUUAGAGGCCAGCAUCGCGCGCAAAACCACCCAGUACUUCGGGGAGUUUGCCCUGCUGGCGGAUGAGAAGCGGACUGCCACUGUCAAGGUCACGUCAGCAUCUGUGCGAUGUUUGGUUCUGGAUCGUGACGCUUUCCAAAACUUGUUGGGACCGCUGAAGGAAAUCAUCGAGAGUCAGAAGUCAAGGAGGCAAGCAGCAGAUCGCUUCAGCCAACACGAAGAGAUGCAAGCUCAAAGGGGAGCCGCGCUGAGUCCGGACCGGGUGAAAAUCUACAAGCAGGAUCUAGUAUAUGUGGGCUUACUCGGUGUGGGCGGCUUCUCCAAAGUGGAGCUCUGGCAAAACUCCGAAACCGGAAGCACGUAUGCGCUGAAAAGCAUCGAGAAGGGUGUCAUCAUGCAGUACAGGAUGCAGGAGACAGUCCGGAAUGAGAAGAAGGUGAUGAUGAUGACCCGUUCGCCAUUCCUUAUUCGGCUUGUGGAGUGCUUCAAUAGCGAAGACCGUCUGGAGAUUCUGAUGGAAGCCGCCUUAGGUGGAGAGCUGUUGGCCACCUACUCUAGGAAAGGCCUUUGGGGGUCAGUGGAUCAUGCUCGCUACUAUGUGGCUGGCAGCGCCUAUGCGUUGGAGCACCUCCACGAGCGGCGCAUUGUGUACAGGGACUUAAAACCUGAGAACGUGCUUCUGGACAGUCGCGGGUUCUUGAAGCUGACAGACAUGGGACUGGCAAAGCUUGUCAUCGGGAAGACGUACACUACGUGUGGCACGCCAGAGUACUUUGCACCAGAGGUCAUUUCGCUGUCUGGCCAAACUCUUGCGGUUGACUGGUGGACACUCGGUGUGUUUCUCUACGAGCUCAUGUGUAGCACCACCCCCUUCAUGGCGCCGCAUCCAAUGCAGAUCUACGCAAAGGUGAUGAGGGGCAUCGACAAAGCCAGCUUCCCAAGCGCCUGCCAAGGCUUCGUGGAGCGAUUGAUCAAGGCCUUGUCAAGGCCACUUCCUGGAGAUCGUCUGCCUAUGAAAGCAGGUGCUCUGAAGAAUCUGCAGGAGCAUGAGUGGUUUGAAGGCUUUGACUGGAAUGCUCUGCAGGCUGGUGAGAUGCCCCCACCACACAUCCCGGACGUGGUGGACGACGAGGAUUUGUCCAACUUCUUCGCCGAUCCACAGGAUAUCCCAGAGCCACCGCUGUACCUAGACCCAGAAGAUGGCUGGGAUGAGGACUGGGCCACAGUGGAGUGA